GAAACUUUACACCAUUUCAUUGUCACCAAUGAAGGCAGUAUCUAUCGGUGAAAUGAAUAGGGAAUUCGGAAUAAAUCAAUGUUAUCAAUUUAACAUGUGUAAUAAUCUGAUACGUGCAAAUGGAACAAUCCAUAGAGGUAAGGCAUUGCAGUAUCCAUGCCUGGCAUUUAUACCAUUGUGAUCAUGCGCUGUUACGAUGCUGGAAGAUUAAUAUAUACUUGGAUGAUGACGUCAAGGGAAAGACGUUUAGCACCUGGAGGAGAUAAUGUUGCAAGACAUCCGGUUCCAAGACACCAAGCAUUGGUCCCAAGAAGCGAUUUAGCCACUGGAGACAGAUCUGCAAAUGUACAGGAGAGGAAUAUUGGAGAUGAAAUUUAAUAAUUUCUUUGCAAAUUGAAAUGAAAGAAUGCUGCAGAGUAAGUAUUUAUGGA